AUGGCCACCACCGUCGAGCUCGCCACCGUCCCCUCGGCCGACACCCCCGGCUCUUGCAUCUACAUGCACCAUGACAAGCGCUCCUACAUCUUCGGCCGCGUCGCCGAGGGCACACAGCGCGCCUUCGGCAGCCGCAAGAUCCACAUGGGCGGCACCGAGCACGUCUUCCUCAGCGGACCCGUCUGCUGGGACCAGAUGGGCGGCCUCAUAGGCUACCUUCUCAGCGUCGGCGGCGCCGUCGACUCGGCCCGCGACUACACCGCCCAGGAGAACGUCAAGCGCAAGCAAAAGGGCCAGAAGCUCCUCAAGCAGACGGAGCACUCGGGCAUCGGCGUCCACGGCGGCGACAACCUCUGCCAUAUCCUCGCCGCCUGCCGUCCCGUCAUCUUUCGGCAACCCAUCAGCGUGCGGCCGCACGAGCACAGAGCAGACCCCAGAGCGGCGGACGCGACUAACACGGAGCCCGACUGGAGCGACGACGCGAUAAGAGUGUGGAAGCUUCCGGUACGGAGGGCGCGGUCCAGCAGCCCGCCCAAGCGUCGCCACAGCAGCCUCGAGCCCGUCGACGGCAUCCCGGCCGACAAUGCUGACGCGAAUGGGACGUACAAGCCGCGCGCAACCAUCUCCGACCCUGAGGUGUCCGGCAUGAUUGUUGAGAGAAUCAUGUUCAGCGGUAGCCUCAACAACAGAUCUGUUCUUGUGCGGCGCAAGAUCCGCGACCUCAAGCCCGAAGAUCUCGCCGUCGUCGUCGAGCAAGGCACCCUGAAGCCGUUCAAGAAGUCGGACUCCACGGCCGGCGCAGAGCCUCAAGACCAAGACGAGACUGUCUGGGUCUUUCCCGAUCCGAACGAAAGGUCAGGAGACCGUGAGGCCGGCGACGACGUUCUGGCCAUCAACCACUUUCCCCUCCCUCGCACCACGUACGGCGAGACGUCCAUGUCCUACAUCGUCAAGUGCCACGAUCGGCGGGGCAAGUUCAACGCCCCGGCGGCCAAGGAGCUUGGCGUCAAGCCGCAGGACUUUAAGCUCCUGACGGCCGGGCAAAGUGUCCAGGGCAAGGACGGCAUGACUGUCACCCCGGACAUGGUCCUCGGGGAGCCGCAACCCGGCAAGGGCAUUGUUGUCGCAGACAUUCCCUCGCACGACUUCUUGGAUGCCUUCAUGGAACGCCCUGAAUGGAGUACCCCGGAGAUUAUGGAACACGUUGCCGUCGUGUAUUGGCUCCUCGGCUCCGGCAUGGCAGACGAUCCUGCCAUUCAGUCCUUCAUCAAGAAGAACUCUCAGAUUAAGCACGUCUUUUGCGCUGAAGAUACAUGCCCCAACAUGGUGACGCAUCCAGGCGCGGCCGAGAUUCAGGUCAAGCUGAGGCGGAUCGACUCCAAAAGAUUUCCCCUGGCCAAGUUCGACAAUACUGUUCAACAUCCGGCGCCGGGGCCCGAUUCUUCCAUUGAACUUGGCCGUGCGGGCACGAAACUGCAGUUGAUGCCCCGCUUGGUCUUUGACGACCAGGCCAUGGCCCCGUUCCCGGACCUGGUCGGUGCCUCGGAGUCUGUGGACGAGACCGUACUGGCACUGGCUGAGCAGUCCAGGGCGGAGGCGUCAGACCCGAAGCUGUUGGCCAGGAUUGAGGAGACGGAAAAGGACAUACCAAACAGAGACGCGGAGAUAAUACCGCUGGGCACCGGCUCGUCGGUCCCCAGCAAGCACCGCAACGUGUCCGGGACACUCAUUGUUGUCCCUGGCAUCGGCAACUACCUGCUCGACUGCGGCGAGGGCACGCUCGGACAAAUACGCCGCGCCUUUGACCCCGAGCAGGCCGUCGACGUGCUCCGCAACCUGCGGUGCAUCGUCAUCAGCCACGUCCACGCCGAUCACCACAUGGGUGCUGCCUCCCUCAUCAAGGCGUGGUACGAGCAGACGCUCAAGGACAACAGCAACGCCACGCUCGCCAUCUCGUGUAUCGGUCGCUACAGGACCAUGCUGGAGGAGCUGUCGCAGGUCGAGGACAUUGGUUUCCACCGGCUUCGCUUCCCCAGCUGCCCCUGGCCCAAGGACCGCGACCGCGACAUGACGACGCGCGAAGACCUCGGCGACGAAAACUUUGGCCUCGCGUCCAUCAAGCGCGUCCCCGUGCCGCACUGUUGGCGCUCCUACGGCACCGAGCUCGAGCUCACGUCGGGCCUGCGCAUCGCCUACUCGGGCGACUGCCGGCCCUCGAGCGCCUUCGCCCAGGCCUGCCGUGGCGCGCACCUCCUCGUCCACGAGUGCACCUUUGGCGACGACAAGCAGGACCACGCGCGCGCAAAGAAGCACUCCACCAUGGGCGAGGCCCUGGGCGUCGCCCGCGAGAUGCAGGCCCGCCGCACCCUCCUGACGCACUUUUCGCAGCGGUACACGAAAGCCGACAGCCUGCGGCGCGCCGAGGGCCAGGGCGAGGGCCAGGCUCAGGACGGUCCACAUGAGCAUGGUGUGCUGCUUGCGUUUGACCUCAUGAGGGUCCGCCUCGGCGACUUCCAGGAGGCGGCUUGCUACGUGCCAGCGGUGCAGAUGCUCAUGGAGAAGCUGGCGGACUGA